UUCCACUUCACUCACUGUGGAGGAAGCCAGCGGCAAUGGCCUCGGUUGGACUGCUGCUAUCGCUACUCGCCAUUGCAAUCAUUUGGAACGCUUCUCUCCUGCGAAGCGAAGCUGCCAACAUACUGGGCGUUCUGCCGACAUGGGCCAAAUCCCACUACAUUAUCGGUGCCGAAUACCUCCGGACGGUGGCACUGGUAGGCCAUAAUGUGACUGUGAUUACACCGUUCUCCCUCCGGGAUGCUCCGCCAAACUAUCAUGAAUUUGUGAUGGACGGAAUUCUGGAUGCUUCCUCAGGUCUGGAAAAGAAUUACUUCAAGUAUAAGGAUGGAUCAUUCUUGAUGAUUUUGUCGAUGCUGUACAAUGACCUAGCGGACACGACCUGCAGUUUUGUUCUACAGCAUCCCAAGGUUGUAGCCCUGAUGAACUCGGAUCAGCGCUUCGACGCAGUGAUAGUGGAAACCUUCAUGACGGAAUCGAUUUACGGAUUGGCUCAGCACUUCAACGCUCCAUUGAUCGUGUUUUCCACUCUGGGCGGUAACCUUUGGACCAACGGACUUGUAGGAGCUCCAGCUCCCUACUCGCAUGUAGCCCAUCUGAUGCUAGGGCUAACGGAUCACAUGAACUUCUGGCAGAGGAUGCUCAAUACGGCUGUUGGAGUCGGGGAGCAGAUCUACUACGAAGCGGUGUACCUACCGAAACAGAAACGGUUCUACGAACAGGCGUUCCCCCGGGCAAGAAUUCCUUUUGAACAACAGAUGAAAAACGUUUCGCUAGUACUACUGAAUCAACACUUUGCUUUGAGUAGUCCUCGAGCGUAUCCGCCCAACAUGGUUGAGGUCGGAGGUAUUCACGUGCGGGAGGUUCAACCGCUGCCUGAGGAUCUUAAGCGAUUUCUGGACGAAGCGCAGUACGGAGUCAUCUACUUCUGCAUGGGAUCUCACAUUCAAUCGAAGCAUUUUCCUACCGAUAAGCGAGACGCCUUUAUCAAAGUUUUCUCCCAAGUGAAGCAGCGGAUCCUGUGGAAAUUUGAAGACGAAACGAUGGCAAAUCUUCCACACAACGUCCUGAUACGCUCGUGGAUGCCUCAAAACGACAUCCUAGCUCACCCGAACGUCAAACUCUUCAUGACCCACGGAGGCCUACUCGGAACUACGGAGGCCCUGUACCAUGGAAAACCAAUUGUUGGGAUUCCCAUCUUUGGCGAUCAGCUGAUGAACGUUGAGAAGGCCGUUCGAUCCGGAUACGGUCUCAAGCUGGAUUACGAGCUUAUCGGGGAGGCGAGUGUCAGAAAGGUGAUCGAUACGGUACUAGGAGAUCGAUCGUACACAGAACGAGCUCGUCGGAUAUCCCGCUGGUUUCACGAUAAACCGUUGACGGCCUCGGAAACAGCUGUCUACUGGACGGUGUAUGUGAUACGGCAUCGGGGAGCGCAGCAACUGCAAUCGCCUGCGGUCCAUUUGAACCUGGUGCAGUAUCAUCUGAUCGAUGUCUACGGGGUUUUGCUGGGUGUGCUAUUGCUGAAUUUGGCGGUAGUUUGCAUGAUUUUUAAGAUGCUUCAGAAGCUAUGCACGAAGUCCCGUAAAAGUAAAGAAGACUAACGUCUUAAGACCAAUCCAAAUGUUCAACAGUUUAGGUUCAUUCAAUGAAGAAUAGGUCAACUUAACAGGCUCAGAUUCGUUUGAAACUUUCCACAAUUACAACAAAUAAAAUAUUGCGUUUUCGAUAUUUUUUAAUAAAUCAUUGCACGAAAACAUCGCACCUAAUCGAAGUGACGUCUGAGACAAAGUU